UUAUCGUCGUUUUCCCCCACUUCAGGUACCGAAGCGACCCGCUGGCGUGUGCUGAUUUGUCUCGUGCACGGUCUGACAAAGAGACGUACCUACAUAUACAGGCGACUUACACGAGCCACGCAACUGCCAACAUGAGCAACAGUGACCUAUCCCAGAUCACCUCGGAGAUCCCUGACUUUAUUGGCGGGCUCCCCAAGAGGAGACAACCCAAGGUUCCUGCCCCACCGGAUGAAUUCGACCAGUACUUUGAUUAUAAACGUUUCUAUGAAGGAUCCCCAGCCGCCGAUGCCGACUCGCGGAGCCGCUCUGACGCCUCUUCUAUCCCGGGGCUAACCUCCGGUCCCUCGGAGGAAGACGGCGCAUCCUCCCCCAGGUCCACCGAGGACUCUUUCCACUUCAAGGAAGCCGUGGAGCAGAUCAAGCAACACGAUGAUCGCUUCACUGUGCCAGCUCGUGAGAUCAGACCUAACGGCGUCGAGCCUUACCCAUGGCACAUGGAUAUAGACGGCACGCUAGGUUCGAGUGGAGCCGAAAUCCAGGGACUCGGUAGUAGUAGUAGCCCGCUCUCCCCAGCCUCUUCCAACGGAACUGCGUCGUUCUCAUAUCACAGCUCCUCGUCGGGAGAAUUGCCACUUAGCCGUGGCAAGCGACAUCGCCCCCUAGAUAACCCAGAUAAGGUCGCCCAGAUGCGCAAAAUUGGCGCCUGUUUCCGGUGUAAGACGCGCAAGGUCCCAUGUGACCAACAGAUCCCUUGCUCGCGUUGCAAAAGUGACGCCAAUAAGUACUGCAACGAUGACGACGGCGAACUAGCAGAGCACAUGUGUUUCCGCCGUCUCUCCGCUAGCAGCGACCUCGUCUUUCAUGUGAUCUGGAAGAUGAAAGUAAACCCCCCUGUUACAUCGCAGAGAGGUAACCCAUCAUUACGUUGGGACGUAUACUUCAAGCCGUGUCUUGCGACCCAACAACCCCUAGCAAUUUCGGUCACGCGCAACGACAGCAGCCACAAUAAUAGUCAAACAUGGCAGAGGUGGCAAGCCAACCCAGGACAGUCAGCUCCUCAAUACGUUUUGAACCCCCAUGGCGCGCCCGAGGAUGUUGUACUUAUAAAAUGGGCUUCGUGGCAGAUGCUCACAGACGAAAGCUCUGACUUCCAAUCGGCUCUAGACGUUCUAGUUAGCAGAUAUGCCCAGGAUGAACACUCAUUUCUACCAUAUUACUCUCUUGUUCGCAAAGUUUAUGACAUGAGGUGCAUGUAUAAAAUCUGGCGCCAAAAGAAGUUUUUCUGCCAAAAAUAUCCCGGAUCCGGUCUAGAGGAGCUUCCUAGUCAGAUCUGUCAAGACUUGAAGCGGAUCAUAGUUUUCAGGAUGAAGACGCUCGAGUCUGAUAUCUUGGCGCAGUUCUGGAAGACCUUGGACGCGGCCUUGAAACCGCAUGAGCGAUUACCCCUAUGGGCUUGUAUGAUGGAAUUUAUUCUGAUGUACCGGGAUAUAUAUGAGCUCAAUCAAUCGGAAGACCUUUGCGGGGACCCGCUGCAAAUCCAAACCAUAACCACGAGCGUCUUCAGCAACUUAGUCGUGAUGUGCGAGAUCUGUUUCAGCAAAAAGAAGCCGGAACCUAUGACUGAAGACGGAAGCCCGAUGCUGAGCGCAGCGAAGAGGCAUUUGAAUGCCGAUUUCAGGAGGGUGGAGAUCCGCAGAGACGAGUUCUACCAGACCAUCCAAGACUGUACUACUUAUCCACACUCUUCCACGCUGGACCGACUGUUCUGUGUCCUGCUGAUCGGCGCACAAAGAGGCGGUACAAGAGCUGGAGCCCGAGCGCCUAAGCGAGCCAGGCGAUAGACGUGUCGUCGUAGCACGAGGAUCCCGGGUAAUUUUAUUUCUUAUGUCUUCUAAACCUGGUUCGGUUCGGGGUUGGUAAACAGAGUUUCGGUAUGAGUUCAUUUUUUGGCCUGUUGGGUGAUCGAUGGUUUAGCGAAGGAGUUUAGCGACAGGCUGAUACCCAUUUACCGCAUUUGAGCUUGCAUUAUGCCUCGCGAUGAAAGGAGGAGGAAACAUUUCAAAAGGCAUAC